GCACUAGUGUGAAGAUAGUAACAGUUGCUAUUUCCAUACUUUGUUGUCAACAGUUAUUACAUCAGUGAGGUCAAGAACAGUAAAUAGUGUUAGUAAUAUUUUGUGUAUCAUAACUAAAAAAAGAGAAACUCAUGUAAAAUUUUAAUUUUUUAAUAUUUUUCGUAAAGAUAUUUAAACCACUACAUAUAUUACAUAGAUUACGUAAAAGACAAUAAGACUUUGUAAACAACUGAUAAGAAAUUCAAGGAAUGUGUUUGUGACUCUAGUCGAAUAAGUGAAAUUAUCCAUAAUGGCUGUGUCUGUUACUUCUAAAUUUAUUUUCUCGAGUCUGAGUAAAUAUACAAGUUUAAAAGCGUUGUCAACCACAUGUUCGAAAAGUGCUAAAGUAAAUUUUAACUGGGAGGAUCCACUGAAUUUAGAUGGUCAAUUACAAGACGACGAAAAGGCCGUCCGAGACUCGUUCAGGGCUUAUUGUAACGAGAAACUAUUGCCAAGAAUAAUCGAAGCGAACAGAAAAGAGGUUUUUGAUAGAGGAAUUUACAAAGAAAUGGGUGAGUUAGGUGCUCUCGGCUGCACUAUAAAUGGUUAUGGAUGCUCCGGUGUUUCAUAUGUUACUUAUGGAUUAUUGACUAGGGAGCUAGAUGGAGUGGACUCGGCUUACAGAUCAGCUAUGAGUGUACAAAGUAGCCUCGCAAUGGGAGCAAUUUAUAUGUAUGGCACAGAAGAACAAAAACAAAGAUAUUUGCCGAAAAUGGCAAAAGGCGAAUUGGUAAGCUGUUUUGGAUUGACUGAACCUAAUUUUGGAAGUGAUGCUGGGGGGUUAGUAACAAGAGCAAAGUAUGACCCAAAAUCGAAAAAUUACAUCUUAUCAGGUUCUAAGACUUGGAUAACAAAUUCCCCAAUAGCAGACAUACUGAUAAUAUGGGCGAAGGACGACGAGAAUAAAAUAAGAGGUUUUAUAGUUGAACGGUCGCAAGUUAAAAAAGGUUUGGACACACCGAAAAUCAAUGGGAAAUUUUCUUUGCGCGCAUCGGAAACCGGGAUGAUAUUGCUGGACGAAGUGGCUAUACCGGAGGAGAGUUUAUUGCCGAACGUAGUGGGUCUGAAGGGGCCGUUCGGAUGUCUCAAUAACGCGCGGUACGGGAUUGCCUGGGGCGCUCUCGGUGCGGCCGAAACAUGUUUACGUAUCGCCCGACAGUACACAUUAGAUAGGAAACAAUUUGGAAGGCCUCUUGCUUCGAACCAGCUGAUACAGAAGAAGUUAGCGGAUAUGUUGACAGAGAUUUGCAUCGGCUAUCAAGCAUGUUUGCGAGUAGGACGUCUUAAAGAUCAAGGCGAUGCCGCGCAUGAAAUGACGUCAAUAAUCAAGAGAAAUAAUUGUGGAAAAGCAUUGGAAAUUGCAAGAAUUGCUAGAGAUAUGCUGGGUGGCAAUGGUAUUUCAGAUGAAUAUCACAUUAUAAGACACGUAAUGAAUUUGGAAGCAGUAAAUACUUAUGAAGGAACUCAUGAUGUUCAUGGUCUGAUUUUAGGCAGGGCUAUUACAGGUUUAGCAGCAUUUUAGGAUCUCUGAAUAUUACUUAUUUAUAAUGAUUUUUGUAAGAAAUUGUAAUUAUGCAGAGCAUAUAAAAUGUUAAUAAAUUUUGUUUCAGAAAUGGUAAAUAAAAAACUGUCUUUGGAA